AUGUUCAGAUCUUGGAAUGGUAGAAAUAUUAGAAAAUCGAUUUUGACCUUCUUCAUGGGGUUGAGUUCAGGUACCGGUUUAUUGCGCAUCCUUAUGGAUAUUCAUCCAUUGGUACGAUGUGGGCCAGAGCCGAUUGUAACCAGAGAAAUUAUUGCGUACAGAUUAUCAAAAAAUCGACGACGUGACAUGCUUCUCCAAUCUGGAAUAUCUCAGGAUGUAUUAGACGACGCAGUGGCUGGUUUCAUCGUGUCAAUUUUAAAGAAUAUGGGACCUCCUGCUGAAAGACUAUGUCACAAAGAUCCUGGAUCGUAUUUUUACCUAAAGUAUUUAGGUGAUUUAUUUCAGAAUGCAAAAUUUAUUCACAUUGUACGUGAUGGCAGAGCAGCUAUAGCGUCUACGAUAGCUCGUAAAAUAAAUCCACAGUACCGUUCAAACAAUAUCACACGAGCGCUCAAGUAUUGGGAAGCUUUUACUUCACAUAUAAUUAAUGACUGUGAAUAUAUUGGAAGGAAUCGAUGUUUAACUAUUCGUUAUGAAUGUCUUGUUUUAAAUCCAAAAGAUGAAAUUUCAAAACUACUCAAAUUCCUUGAUCUUCCAUGGGACGACCGACUUCUGCAACAUGAAAAAUACAUUCAUAAUAUUUCUAUGUUGAACAAAUAUGAAGCUAGCUCAGUGCAAGUUGUCAAGCCUAUUCACUUGGAAUCUUUAACUGCUUGGUCUAGGAAUGGCUCAGUUAUUCCGAAAGAAUACAUUUCAACCAUGCAUAUGAAUAGUCGAUUAUUGAAGAAACUUGGUUACGCUACCAAUGAAAUUCCACCAAAUUAUGAAGAUUUAUGCAAAGUUGACUCAGUAUUGUGA